ACAAUUAAACGUGAGGUUAAUUCCUACCAAGUUGACAGAAGGCUGCAGCUCUAUUACAGGUUGUAUCAGUUCCGUCACUUAGCUGACACGCCAUAACCUGCUCGUCGGUACCCUCGCAAAAUAUCUGAUCAUAUGCUGGGAGGGUAUUAUCCGAUCCGAAGUGACAUACGUGGGUCAGGGCUGUCUUCAUCUGGGAGACCUAAUUGCCGGCAAACAACUUGGGCU